CUGAACCAGAAGUGCAGACUCCCGUCCUCUGCAUCUCAAAUAAUGUAAAUAAUGUAUGAAAAGCAGCAUUAGCUGUCAUGCUAUUCCUUUUAGAAACAAUACAUUUAAUUUCUACGGUCUCACUUUUGUUCUGGAGCGUGCAACGUAUGAUUGUUGAAGGAUAAACAGCAGUUAAACCUCUGUUAUCGAUGACAGCUGCGGACAAGUCCAAAGUUCAUCACUGCAGAUUAAACCAAAAAUGACUCAACCAUCUUCAGUGGCAUUCCAUCCAACAAUCAUCCCUCACUGCAGGCUGGGAACUGAAACAUGGACCACCUCCAGCACUGACUGAAGAAUGGCCAGGUUCAGACGAAGGUUUUGCCUCACACUGAUUGCUUUGGUGUUGCUUGUGCUCAUUAUAACAGUGGUCUUGAAGGCGCUCACACCAGAGGACCCUCCAUUUGGUGGCCCGGAUGGUGUUGAGCUGAUUUUGGACAGAAGGAAUGAGAUCCAAAGCGUAAACAAAAAACCAGAGCAGACCAGAAUGAACGACUCCCCUCAGCCAGACAAAGAUGCACAGCUGGAGGCUGCACUGAGGAGGUUCCCUCCACCAAACUACUACCUCCAUGCCUUCUACUACAUCUGGUAUGGAAACCCAAAAUUUGAUGGCAAGUACAUCCACUGGGACCAUCCACAGCUGCCCCACUGGGACUCUCAGGUGGCAAAGAGAUAUCCACAGGGAAGGCACAGCCCACCUGAUGACAUAGGAGCGAACUUCUACCCCUCUUUAGGGGCUUACAGCUCCAGAGACCCCUCUGUUAUAGAGGCUCAUAUGCAGCAGCUGCGAACAGCAGCCAUUGGUGUUGUUGCUGUUUCCUGGUAUCCUCCUAACAUGAGUGAUGAUAAUGGUGAAGCAACAGAUGACAUAGUAUCUUUGCUGAUGGAAGUGGCACAUAAAUACCACAUUAAGGUCCUUUUCCAUAUUGAACCAUACAAAGGAAGAGAUGAAGUCAACAUGUUCACUAAUGUCAAAUACAUCAUAGAGAAAUACGGCGAGCACCCUGCUUUCUUCAAGUACCGGACCAACACUGGCAAGCUGCUCCCGCUCUUCUACGUUUACGACUCGUACCUAAUGAACUCUGACCAGUGGGCCAAACUGCUUAAAUACACAGAGAGCAGCAGCAUCAGGGACACGCCGUAUGAUGCCAUCUUCAUUGCUCUGCUGGUUGAGGAGAAGCAAAAGAGGGACAUCCUAACUGCUGGUUUUGAUGGUUUAUAUACCUACUUUGCCACUAAUGGGUUUUCCUACGGCUCCACUCAGAAGAACUGGGACUCUAUUAAAGCGUUCUGCGAGGAUAACAACCUGAUAUUCAUACCGAGUGUCGGUCCAGGGUACAUAGACACAGGCGUACGACCCUGGAACUUCCAAAACACCCGAAACCGCAUCAAUGGCAAAUAUUAUGAAACUGCCCUUAGUGCAGCGUUACAAGCCCGGCCUGAUUUUAUCUCCAUUACAUCUUUUAACGAAUGGCAUGAGGGCACUCAGAUUGAGAUGGCGAUUCCUAAAACAAGCCAGACUGCUUACCUGGACUACCUGCCCAAUAAGCCUGCCAUCUACCUGGAGAUAACUCGCAAGUGGGCUUCCAUAUUUGGUGGUGAGAGACGAAAAUGGCAGGAAUAAUCUUACUGAAAGCCAUAGAAAAUGUCAAUUUAUGCUGGUGGUAAAUAUGAAAAAAAAGUUCAUUGCAUUCAGGAAGUAUUCAGACCCCCUUCACUUUUUUCAGUAAAAAAAAACAAAAAGCAAACAUUUUUAUCCUCAUUAAUCUACACGUUGUACCCCAUCAUGAA